UCCAAAAUCAAAGCCACCACUGCACAGAGGAGCAACUGCCGCGUGAUUUCAGUCUGUUGCAAGCCUGUUUUGUUUGGUGCAUUACACAACGGUUAAUCAGUACCGUGGCUAAGAAACAUGCGUUCUGAAAGUUCCUGACGAGAAGAGACGUAGGAAAAACUUACCAGUACCCCCGUCUCAUGUUACAGGCCUGGCGCCACAAGAUCGUCGGCGCUGUUUUGCGACGGUGCAGCCACUGUUACUACUCCCGCCGCGUGGACUUUCGCGGCACUGCGACAACGGCUUCGUGCACCGGCGGCGAUCGCGUGUCGCCGCGAACCAUGAAGCUCGAUAGCCCACAGUUUCGCGCGCUAUUCACGCCCGAAGUGAAGGAGCUUGUGGACAUCUUCAAGCGGCAUGGCCACGAGCUGCGCAUCGCCGGCGGCGCCGUCCGAGACCUGCUCAUGCACAAGCAGCCGCACGACCUGGACUUCGCCACUACCGCGACGCCGACCGAGAUGAAAGAGAUGUUCGACAACGAAGGUGUGCGCAUGAUCAACAGUCGAGGAGAAAAGCACGGCACCAUAACGGCGCGCAUCAACGACAAGACAAACUUCGAGGUGACGACUCUGCGCGUGGACGUGGUGACGGACGGUCGUCACGCCGAGGUCGAGUUCACCACCGACUGGCACACGGACGCCAACAGGCGCGACCUCACGGUCAACGCGCUCUUCCUGGGCCUCGACGGCACAGUCUACGACUACUUCCACGGCCUCGAAGACCUGGAGAAGAGGCGCGUAGCGUUCGUCGGCGACCCCGCGCGGCGAAUACAGGAGGACUACCUGAGGAUACUGCGCUACUUCCGCUUCUACGGACGCAUAGCCGUGGAGCCGGACAGUCACGAACCGGAGACGCUGACCGCGAUUCGAGAGAACGUCGGCGGUCUCGCGCGCAUAUCGGGCGAGCGGUUGUGGACGGAGCUCAAGAAGAUACUCGUCGGCAACUUCAGCAAGGAGCUCGUGUGUCGUAUCGUCGACGUGGGCGCGGCGCCCUUCCUGGGCCUACCGGACUCCCCGGACUUGCACGAGUUCUGCAAGGUUUGCGACGCGUCGAGACCGCUCGAGCCGCAGCCCACGACCCUCCUGUCGGCUCUGCUGCAGAACGAGUCGGAGGUUAUGAACAUGCACAACCGCUUAAGGCUGUCCGCGUACGAACGCGACUUGGCUCUGUUCGUAGUCGCUCACAGGGAGGACAAGAAGUCGUUCGAGGACCGCUUGAAACCCUUUCAGGCGCUGCUGUUUACUACCAAGGGCAAGGUCGGAGACGUCCAGGAGUGGAUCUGCGAGGUGCUCAAGUACCGCGCGGACGCCGAGCUUCUGGAACGAUUCAGGUGUUGGGAUGUACCCAAGUUUCCCGUGAAUGGCAACAUGCUCCUCGAGCGGGGCCUCAGGAGCGGGCCCAGGUUUGCGACGGUGCUGGCCAAGCUGAAAGAGAUGUGGUUCGACAGCGACUUCACGAUGACUGCGGAACAGCUGCUCGAGAAGCUCCCGGACAUUCUCGCCGAAGUCAAAACGAGUAAAUCGAAAAAAGCUUGAACUUUUUCAAGCUGGAAGGUUGUAGGAGAGGCCACGAAACAUGCUGUAGGAAGCGGGCCAUGGUCAGAGGCCACCUAAAUAUGCAGUUGUGGAGCAGCUUCAGAGUUCAGAGUGAUCGGACUUUCCCUCACAGAUAUUGAAGUAAAGAAAGCGUCAUGUAGUGUGUUGUCUGUGGAGAUAAGUUGCUUGCGGUACAUUCACUGCAGCAGCACGCUCCUCACCAUCUGAGGCAGGAAUCAAGCUGAAACAUAAGCAGUUCACGAGCACGCUACAAAUGCUGCCCCCAAAGAGCUUCUCGAGAAGUUUCCAGACAUCUUGUCAAAGGUCGAAGCAACAAGGAAUGGCACGACAUCUCGUGCAUUUUUUUUUUUUUUUUCACGGUUUCACAGAAAAACUCAUCACAAGAGACGUGCUGUAGAGACACUAGCUUUAUUCCAUGCCAGUUCGCACAAAUCAUUUGCAAGCUCUAAACCAGCCGCGCACACCACUCAGAAUGACUGGGAAAAAAAGGUUGCGUGCAGUGGCAUGCCAUACCAUUGCUUCCUUCCUCAAAACAUAUCUGUCCUAGUCCCAAAGACUAUCCCCUUCAAUAAAACUACGCAUUCCUCCUGUAA